AUGGCGUAUCGCGGGCGCCCCAGUAAGGGAUGUGAGCCGUGUCGCGCGCGGAAGGUCAAGUGCGACGAGACCAAGCCGGCAUGUCGUCGCUGCCUCAAGGGCUCCCACGAGUGCCGGUACCGCGACCAGGGCGACCUGCUAUUCAGAAACCAGACCGCGUUUGCGGCGCAAAGAGCCGAGGACUCCUGGCGGAAGAGAGCAAAGUGCCACCAGCGCACGCUCAGCGCGAGCAGCGACAGCCAGCAGUCGCCGGCGAGCGAGAGCAUCUCGCCCGUGACGCGGACCCGGCAGGCAUCCACCACCGACACCAUCUACGAAGACCACGCCGACUACGGCGUCAGCAUCUCCGCGCUGUCGCUCGUGCCGGAACUCGCCCCCGAUCUGCGCCGCGCGGCGUACGAGCGCUUCCUCUACGACUUUGUGAUCCUGGAGGCCCCGAACCGCCCCCCCGACGAGCCGUCCGACUCGCUGUGGAGCUUCAUCCCCGUGCUGUAUGAGCGGGCCGCCGCGGACUCGUGUGUGGCGACGAUUGUGGACGCGGUCGCGUACGUCAACUUUGCGAAUCGGUGCGAUGCGCCGCAUGCCGAGGCGCUGGGCGAGGAGUGUCUGGGGAAGGCGACGGUGCUGCUGUCGAAGAUGAUAGCGGACAAGAGGCUGGCGAGGACGGACGAGGCGCUGUGCUCGGUGUACCUGAUGGGCGUGUAUGAGAAUAUCAGCUCGCAGCAGCGGCAGGGGACGUACAUCGCGCACUCCAAUGGCGCGAAUGCACUGGUCAAUAUGCGCUCGAUCGAGGAGUUCUACAGCAACCCCGUGUCGGCGCGGCUGUACGAGGUCGCGUACUCGCAGAUGCUCCUCGGCAACCUCCACGCCGGCAAGCCGCCCCCCCUCCCCGUCAACGACGCCCUCAACGUGCGCCAGCACCUCCCCAGCAUGUACAACCAAACCGGCAUCUUCGUGAUGCAGCUGAUCCACCGCGAAGCCCGACUCCACGCCAAAUGGCACGAAAUCAAGCAAUCCGCGCACCCCCCCACCACGCGCCGCGACCUGUCCGAGCUGCUCCAAGCCGCCCUGGACCUCGACGCGCAGUACCAGAACUGGGAAAACAACAAACCCGCCAUCUGGGACUACUCCGCGACACCCAACACGCCCGCCACCCGCGCCACCUACCCGCGCGUCUGGCAGGCCCUCAUCCUGGGUGCCCGCGGCGCCCCGCAGGAGAUCCACGCCUACCCCAACCUCAAGCGCUGCUGGGUCUGGGGCUUCUACCGCACCAGCCGCAUGUUCCUGCUGCGCGACCUGCUCGAGAUGCUGAACUGGAUGGCGCGGCUGCCCGCCGCCGACCCGCUCACCAACGCCCCGCUGCCGUCGCACUUUGCCUCGCCGUUCCCGCUCGCGGACCAGGUCGCCGCGGUCGGCUUCUCGCGCGCAGCGCUGCGGGCGCACCGCGUGCGCGCGACCGGCGCGCUGGUGGGCGUGAUCGAGAAGAGUUGCUCCGCGAUCCUGGGCAGCUUGACGGUCGAGGUGUACGGCAAGUGGGACGGGGACGUGAUGGGGAUGCGCGGGUACAUCAACCUGUGGCCGCUGGGCAUCAUGGACGCGGUGCUGUGCUCCGGGCUGGUGCCGGACAGCAGUGCCGUCCCCACACACAGCAACCACGGCUACGGCAGAAACGGCAGCGUGGGCAGCGACACCAGCACCGGCUACACCAUCACCCCCAUCGCGGCCCUCAGCCCCGCCCCCGCCGUCCUCUCCGCGCCCCAAACCCCGCUCCCCGUCCCCGACGUCCUGACCCAGAACAUGCACCACCCCUACCCCCCGAUAACGCGCGACCCCAGCCUCGUCGCGCCGCGCAAAACACACAUUUUCGACUCCUCGGCGCCGCACUACUACGACGCGCCGCCUGGUGACGAGACGGGGGCGGAGGAAUUCGAAGAGGCGUGGGCGGCGCGCCGGGGCUCGAAGGACACACGGAACGGGCGCCGAGUGUCGGGAUCGCGGCACACAGCGACCACAGCGCCCACAGCGACCACAGCGACCACAGCCCCCACAGCCACAUCCACAGCAGUACGAGAAGUCGAGGGCAUAGAUAUCCCCGCCCGCCGCCAGUGGCUCAACGCACUCCUGUACUACGGCGCCGUCGAGCUGGGGAUCAAGAAGGGGCUGUAUGUGCCUGUUACUGAGGGGUGGGUUGGUGUUGUGAGGGGGGUUGUGGAGGGGGCGUUGGGGGAGGGGGAGGGGGAGGGGGAGGGGUAG